ACCUGAUAUCCCUCAUGGCGCGGGCGCCGAAGCUCAUGCGGCGUGCAAACGGUGUGGUGGGUGUGGAUUGGUCUUUGGCAAAGUCGUCCUCGACUGCGGACUCGUCGAUGCUGCCGCUGUUGGCGGAACCGACGCUCUCACCGCGGACGCGCGGCAUUGGUGAUGGGACCAGGGUACUGGCCCUGCUGGCUGUCGGCGCUGGUGCUGGGAACAUUGCGAGGAGCGGAAACAGACGAGCGACCUGUGCCGAACAAGUCGGCAAAUGUGGCACCGGCAAAGGACGAGCGGCGGGUGCGCGGCGGCGAUUGGGAGGUGGAAGUGGGUGCGGAUAUAUGCGGCGGUCUGGUGUUGGCGACUGGCAAACGAGAUGGCUUGCUAGUAGCGAGGAGUGGAUUGGGCUGAUGCUGACCGAAGGCCAACAGGAGCCAGUGGUGUAUGCCUCAGUGGGCGCGUGUGUUGUGGUGGUAAGCGUAAAGGCAACCAAGGGAAUGGCCGGCCGUGCUCGAG